GGGCAGCAGAGACAGACGGACUGGGGAAAAGAAAGCGUUUCCAGGUCAGCUCAAACAUGGAGAGAGGAGCAGAGAGACAAAGAGGAGGUGAUAGGGAGGUGGUAGGGGAAACCGGCUUGGUGGAGAGGCAGUGGGGGGAGGCAGAGGUGCUGGCUCUCAUGUCAGUGUGGGACGAGGUGGGAGCUCAGCACGUAGCUGAGAGCAGAGCCACAUUUGAGUUGAUCUCAGAACGUCUGAGGAAGCUCAGUGUUGUGCGCAGCUGGUGGGAGUGUCAGGCCAAGUGCACGAGUCUGGGACUUCAGAGCAGGAAGCGUGACGCAGCAGGCACUUCAGCAAACUACAGCCCAGGAGUGGAUGGAAGGCCAGAGGAGGGCUGGGAGGAAGAUGUGGGUAAUCAAAGAGGAAUCUACCCUUCCUCAGUCACUUUCCCAAUGCAGGAAGGUAAAUGCAUAAGGAGUCGAAUCCAUCGCGCUCUCCCUUAUACUCCGAGCGUGGCUGAAGAGGGCGGCCGCCACUGGACAGAUGAUGAGGUGCGAGCACUGUUGUGCGUCUGGGCGGACCGGCGCAUUCGAGAGCGCCUGAAGUGCACACUACGCAACAAAUCCAUCUUCCAAGAGAUGUCCCGCCAGAUGCAGAGAAACUUUGGGGUGGUACGCAACUGGAAACAAUGUCGAACAAAAUACAAGAACUUGAAGUACGACUACAAGACUGCCAAAAGUGCUCAUGCUGCUGCAGGCAGCGCCACAGGAGGCCCCGGGAAGUACAUGAAGUUCUUUGAUGAGGUGGAAGCCAUUCUGCUGGACCAAGGACUGGAAAACGGGACCAUGGAGAUGCAAAAAAAGUUGUACGAAGGUGAAAUGGGAGCAGGGAGGAUGCAAACACCAGCACAGACGACAGCUUCAGAAAGCGAGGUUGUCAUUGAAAUUGAUGAUGAUGACAAUAGUGAUGAUUAUGAUAUGGACAGAGACAUGGAAGCAAAAUGGAGAGGAUCAGGUAUGCUUCAUCAACAACCAGCAAAUUUACAACAUGUGUCUUCUGUCCUUAAUCUAUUUUUAUUCACUCCAGAUGCCGACCUAACACUCACAGACCCUUCCAGCGCUGACCACUUCCACGUGGUCACGGUGUCUGACACAGGUCGAAACUGGAGUGACCAGGAGGUGCGAGCGCUGGUUCAAGUCUGGUCCGAUGAGCGUGUGUGCAGGCAGCUGGAGAGCUCGACGAGAAAGAGAGACAUCUUUGUCCAGAUCUCCAACAGGUUAAUGCAGCAAGGUAUUGAACGUGACUGGAAACAGUGCCACACCAAGUACAAGAAUCUCAAGUACCUUUACCGCUCCCUCCAGAGAGGAAAGAGUGACGAACUUGACCCAAGACGCCUUAUGAGGUUCUAUGAUGAGGUGGACGCCAUUAUGAAUCGCACAACUAAUGGUUCACCACAGGACAGACCAGCUGCAGACAACCAAGCAGAUUCAGGGAGACUUACGAUGUUGGAGGACGGCGAGGAGAACGAACGUGUAGAUGGCUGUUUGUCAAAGAUGAGUACAGGAACAAUGGAGGAAAGAUCCUCUAGCUCCAGUUCUGUCUCGUCUUUAAACCUCGAGGUCACACCACACAGCAAAGAGCCGAGGCUGCACACAGUACAGGAGCUUCACUUGGACCAGCAGCACAGAUUAAUGAGCUCUUCUGAAAGCAGGCCAGACAAAGGGGAGACCUAUUCAGCAAACCGAGGAAUGAAGAGGAAAGCUAUAGAUCAAGACCUCACCCUGCAGACACCAGUAAAAAAACUGGGCACUGGCUCUGCCGUCGCAGAUGAGGUGAAGGCUCAGUGUAAAGAAGAGCAGGAUCCCAUCCCAAUAAUAAAGAUCAAUUCGGUGUGUUCAAUGGCCUCCCAUGAUCCAUCCCCAAAAAGAGAGGUAAUCUCUAGCCCACACUCCCAUUUAACAAAUGGUACAAAAAAUUAUUCAAUCCAGUAAAUUGAAGAAAAGUCU